AAUUCCUUACACCUUUUCUUUCCUUAAAAAAUUCUAUGAUAUUUUUCCUCCUAUAACAUCAUAAGUAUUGUUGCCCGCGUGCAUCUCUAGAGUUUUUCCUCUUCUUUAUAGCCACCUGAAAGUGGAGGCUUCAAAUUAUCAAGUUCACCAGGGUAUUAGCUACCUGGAUCCAAAGAGGAAAAAAAUAAAAACCAAUCCCAGAUGCUAUUAGCUACAAGACAAGAAUUGACUAUCUCUACCCCUGCCGUUAAUAUCAGUUAAUGUUCCGUUGAAAUUUAUACACACGUAACACAAUUUUAGUGAAUCACUCUGCAACCGUUCUCCCUGUUUCUCUCCUACCAUCGCCACCACUGUCGUCGUCUGUAUCCCAUCACGGGAAUCGUUAGUGCUUUCGACAACCUCAGCUUCUUCAUCGUCCUCUCCAACAUCAGCUUCUUCACCGUCCUCUCCCUCCACCAGUAGACGAGUGGCUAGGAGAGAUGGGCUUCGCAUGGGUUCCAUUACUGUUGCCCUUCUCAACAGUAGUACGAGCGACAACUGCUGAUCGAAACUUGUACCGCCGAGGGUCAUCAGCCACAUCGUUAGAUCGAAAUCAGAUCUCGGUCUGGGAUGGAGCGUUUGUUCAGUCCCUAUCCUCUCUGUACAAUAGCAGAAACAAGCUCAUCCAAUUUCUGAUUAAAUCUAUGAAUACGAUCCAAAGACUUUCUCAUGCGAGUGUAGAAAGUUCCAGGAUCUCCACCUUCGGAUGCCAUCAUCUCCACCCUCAAAGGCCAUUCCUCUAACGUUUUCUCCCUCAUCCUCGCGGGGAAGUUCCUUUGCAGCAGCUUCUCUGAUGAAGAGGAACUGAUGCCCAAGAGUCGUCUCAGACCAACAACGUGGUUGCUGUCGGCAAGGGCACAGUUAAGUCUCUUAUGGUCUCCUGCGACCAACUAUUCAACGCCCACCAGGACCACAAGAUCCGUUCAGAAAUCGAAGAAGAUCGAUUAUCUGCGUUGAACCCACUGUCUUCCGCCUCUUCAUCACUACUGCUGCAACAGCAUCUCUCUCUCCCUCUUGCCCCUGUUUCAUCACCGCCACUGCUGCGGACCCUCUCCAACAGAAUCCCCAUGAUAUGGCAUUCCAAGCCUAUCCAACUGCCCUAAACCAGGGUAAGCUUUGCUGGUGAAGUUGGCGUGCAGAACCGAAGCCCUCUGUGAACUUGAUCUGAAAUCCCCCAAAGGGAUCUGACCUUGGCCCUGGAUGAUUCAGUAUUUGCCAUGUAAUUAGGAUAGUCACUGUACCCACUCAAGAAGCUUCUGGAGCAGUCACUCCUACUUGGCGUGAAGGGGCCUCUCCUAGCACUACCAGGCCACGAAGACGUAGAGAGAAACUGAGGACUGUUACUAGCACUGUCAUCAACCUCGUAGGAGAACUUCAGAGGGCUCAAGGGCUGUACCACGAAGCAAAGAGCAUUGUGCCUCUGUUUCUUCUCAAGAACAAGGGGAAAACGAUAACUGCAACUCUGUUGCUUUUUCUAUGAAGAUGAUUUUGGGUCUGUUCUCGGCAGUGAACUCAGCGUUCCGGAGGACAGGGUAGCUUCCGGUGGAGGUUACAGGUCCCUCAACCCAUGGAGCAAAGGACAGGGUGGAUUCAGAGCUGCCAUGUUUAUUUUCGUGUUCACGGCAUUGGAGAACAUAGGUUUCGUUGCAAACAUGACGGGCUUCUAUCUAUAUUUCUAUCUUGUGAUGCACUUCGAUAUCUCUGGCUCCGCAAAUACUCUUACAAGUUUCAUGGGUUCAACUUAUUUGCUUUCGCUUGUUGGAGGCUUCAUCGCGGACACUUACCUAAGUAGACUCAGUACAUGCUUAAUUUUUGGACUACUUGAAAUAGUGGCUAUGAUGAUACUCACGGUUCAAGCUCAUUAUCAGAAGUUUCAGCCAGAACCUUGUGAUAAAUCACCCUGUGUCAAUGGUGGUAAAGCUCUUAUGUUCUAUAGCUCUCUAUGUUUAUUAGCAUUGGGUGCAGGUGGAGUUAAAGGAGCUCUUCCUGCGCUUGGAGGCGAUCAAUUCAACCAAAAGGAUCCAAAGGAGGGCAAGGCUCUUGCAAGCUUUUUUAAUUGGCUUUUACUCAGUUCAACCCUCGGAGCCACCAUUGGAGUCACAGUCAUCCAGUGGGUGAAUACCAAUAAAGGUUGGGACUUGGGGUUUUUCAUCUGUACGAUACUUACAUUUGCCGGCUAUAUUGUUCUUUCCCUUGGAAAGCCUUUCUACCACAAGCGAGCCCCAGGAGACAGCCCCCUUGUAAGGAUAAUUCAGGUAAUAGUUGUGGCAAUUCGAAAUCGAAGUUCGUCUUUACCGGUGAACCCUGGUCAACUGUAUGAGAUCAAUGACAAAAACAUAGCUUCUGAUGAAGAAACUAUUUCGCACACCAACCAGUUCAGAUUCUUAGACAAAGCUGCUAUUCUUCGCCAAGGCACGAAUCCGGAGCCAUGGAGAGUUUGCACGGUGACCCAAGUUGAGGAAUUGAAGAUCCUAAUGAGGAUGCUGCCGAUCAUCGCAAGUACCAUCCUUUUGAACACAUGCUUAGCUCAACUGCAGACGUUCUCAGUGCAGCAAGGGUCGGUCAUGAAUCGUCGGCUUGGAAAAUUUCUAGUACCCGCGCCAUCAAUUCCAGUAAUCCCACUAGUGUUCAUAUCAAUUCUCAUUCCCAUCUACCAGUUCAUUUUCGUCCCUUUUGCUCGGAGGAUCACUCACCGUCCAUCGGGGAUAACACACCUUCAACGGGUAGGAUUUGGGCUUGUUCUGUCAAUCAUUUCAAUGGCUAUAGCUGGUGUGGUGGAAGUGAAGAGGAGAGACCAAGUCAUCAAGGACCCAACAAAGCCUAUCAGUCUCUUCUGGCUGUCUUUCCAGUACGGUGUUUUCGGAUUUGCGGACAUGUUUACCCUCGUCGGACUAUUGGAAUUCUACUACAAGGAAGCUCCUUCAGGCAUGAGGUCACUUUCCACUUCUUUCGCAUGGUUAUCACAAUCAAUUGGUUACUUCCUCAGCAGUGUGUUUGUGGAGCUCAUAAACUCCAUAACCAAGAGGUUUACACCGAGCAAACAAGGAUGGUUGGAAGGGAUAGACUUGAACAAGAAUAAUUUGAAUCUCUUUUAUUGGUUUCUAGCCGUCCUUAGUUGUCUUAACUUUGCAAACUAUUGCUUUUGGGCGUCAUGGUACAAAUGCAAAUCAGACAGUCCCCUCUCUCAACUCCUCUUAUCCAAGGUUCCGAGCGGAUCAUCACCGGUACCCUUUCAUAGGAAAGAAAUCAGCAUGCAGAAUGUUGUUGGAACUACAGAAAAUGGUUAUGGCAUUUCCACUCCUGGUCUUGUAGAAGAUGCUGCAGAAAAACAGGAAGAAAAAUAACAACUUUAAUUGGCUGUGGUUCAAUUAGUAAAGCUAGCUGGUAUAUAAACAUGAUUGCUCAGUAUUGCGUACUACAGGGACUUUGUGGUGGGGACUGGGGUGACAAAGAUACUGUAGAUUGAAAUUUAACAACUCAUCAGGCUGCUACUGGGAGUUUCUUUUUCUUUUUCUUUUCUUUUCUUUUGUUUUUUUUUUUUUUUUUUCUAAAGCAAUGUAUGGGAAUGUUGCCUGCCAAACAUGAUUGUUUCGGACGUUAAUUACUUUGAAAAUGAAAGCUUGAACUAAUGCUUGCUAUUUUAAAUAUGAAUAUUCUGCUUCU